AUGUCAGCACCAGUUGGUCCUAUCAUCGCCCAGCUCCAGCAGCUCCCUGCCCGUUCUCGUCAGGGCUUGAACAACCUUCGCCAGAGGCUCUUCCAGCAGGAGGCUAAGCCUAAGAAGGAGGGCCAGUUGCUUCGCACCUCGCUGAACGUCCACCGUCCCGUCUGGGUUACCGCUGCUGGUGGUGUCUACACCAGCCUGGCGGCUGUCUACCUCACCAUGAGAUACCUGAAACACGUCAGGUAG